AUGUCGUACUACCCUGGUCUUACUGGUAGUCAAAUACUGGACUUGAAUAAGUCUAUCAUCCGAGAUCUACAGCAGGCUUUCGAUGAGGGAAAAGCAAGCCCUUACGAUAGGACUGCUGAUGGCUUCACUUUACUCAGUAUGGCUCUUCAUUCCUGCCUUGAAAGCAGGAAGAUGGGCCCUUAUGACUAUCUUCAGAAAACAGAGGGAUUCCAUCUUUCGGGCCUAGUCGAUGCAGUGGUAGCUCAAUCCGAAGAUCGCCUGAAGAGCCAGCUGCAAAUCGGCGAACACCAUGUGGAAAAGCCAGAUAUUGGGGUUCAUCGUUUACUUGAGAUCUCCCUAGGGUGGCCCGAAGGUCUACGCAUUCUACUUCAGGCUUACGCCCCAGAACUAGAGGAAUGCCACAUGGGUGAGCUCUUGAGAGAUGCUAUAAGGUUUGGCAUUGUGGAGUCGGUUCAGGUACUCCUUGAUUUAAAUGCUCCUGUGUAUGGUGCACAUCUCGAAAUGUGCGCCUCCGCGGAAUUGGGGGUAAUGGUGACCCAACACUUCAUUGCCAGACGAGAAUAUCUUCACAAACUUGGUAUGACAAUCCUACCACAACAGGUGCAGCAACAUCUUGGUCUACAAAUCAGCCAGCUCCCUGAUAAAAAUGCACGUGAGUUAUACACCGAGCUUGAGGCGAUGCAUACCAGCAUCCACCCAAGCUUUCGUCCCCACGAUCUGUACCCGAUUUUUCACCAUGGAUUGCGGAUUGAUCAAAUGGAGCACCUAUAUGAGGCCGGUUUCCAGGAUAUCGAUGCGGUUGACGAAAAUGACUACACACCCGUGCUAUGCCUGCCAGGUUACCCCCGUGGUUCGAAUCCGCCAUGCUACGUGAUUGACAGGGCCUUGUGGUUGAUUGAUAAGGGGGCGAGCCUAGACUUUCCUCAAAGGAAGCCGCACAUCAUGCCAAAUCAUAUCCUACCCGUCAACAUAGCUCAGGCGUUCUUCGACGCCCAAUAUCUGCUACGAACGCCGGAGCUCAAUGCUUCGCAAGGCCUUUCCGUGACCCAUCGAAAUUUCCUGAGGAGGGUUUUUACAACAAACUGUAGGGACAAAUGCUGCUGUUAUUGCUCGACUGCCGGCUGCUCUUCUCUCACGGCAGCUUUGCGCCUUCUAUUACGUCUUUUAUCAGGUGACAAUGGUGGCCUUAGCCGCUACUUGGAAGGCGAGAAGAGGGCUCGGGCUUUGCACAGCCUCAUAACAGAAAUACAAGGGGAGCCUAGGGUUCCACAAGAUGUCAUCCGACUCCUAACCUUCACAGACCUGGAACUCACACAUACAUGCUGCCGGGUGAGAAAUUUGUGGCAUAAGUCCGGCGUUCCCAAUUUCGGUGGUUGGGGUCGCGAUUUCUCGUUCCAGGCCUUUGACAGGGACGAGACGAUCGAGAUCCACGACGAGGAACAGACCCUCUUAGUCGAGUUCGAAGACCUCGUUGAGCAGCUGAAUGCUGACUAUACCAUCUCUGGUCUUUCUUUGUGGGAGUUCCUGGAGACUCACUGGAGUCAGAAAGUCAUGGACUAUCUCUCACACAACGGAGAGACUAUCCGUGUCGAUUCUCUCUGCAACCUCUUAGGGAAGAAGAUUGUGGAGGAGGCCUGACUCGCUUUGGGUACUCCAGAGUCGUUGGCAAGAGAAAUGGGGAAAGGACUUUGCCCACCUACCAUGUCUCUCUGUGAUGAUUGUCGGAUAUUUCGCUGUGUGUACAGUUUGACCUUUGGAUGAGUUGCGUUGAGAUCCGAUGUACAUGGGAGAUUGUCCGCUGUUCUUUUCGUCUGCGAAUAUCUAGCUCUAUCAUGCAAAUAAACACCUAUGUAGGAGCUGAUGUCGCAAAACAGCCGUAAGAAGGGGGAAAAGGGGAAAAAAAGAAAGAUGGCCCGAACUGGGAGUCGAACCCAGGACCUCUUCCAGACAGAGUGUGUUUCACACCCGAGAGUGACCCCGAAGGAAGAAUCAUACCACUAGACCAUCCGGGCAUGUCGUAUCAAAAUUGAGGACACUCUUGUGCUGUCAGAGAAUGGUCAGGAGCUGGGAAGGGAAUUUGGACGCGAUACCCGUGACCCUACCAUGGUCCAUGGUAGAUAGUACCUAGGUUCGGAGUUAGAUAAGGUGACAGGUGUGGAAGCGUGGCUUUCAUCCAACUUUAUGGUUUGUUUCCAGUUCCCUCUGCCGAGUCUCCCUUGGAACUAUACUCGGCGUGAACGGCCCCUGGGAACCAGGACUGAUGUCGACUUAAAAGGGCCUACUAGUACUUUGAUCUGCUUACUCGGCACCAGGUUCCCUGUCAACGGUAUGGCUGUAACUAAAAUCGCAGCUCACGAUACCUCGACACGCAGAGACCUCUCCAAGCCAGUGGUUGAUUCGCUAUCGCCGACUACUUGUCUGUUCCAUGAGCCAAGAUGCUGGCACCCUGAUCCGCCGAAUACCAUUGAUAGCUCAGCCCGGGAUGCGAAUGCGUACAGUUUAGCUCCCUGUGGCCUUUGGUCAGGUGUGGAUCUGUAUCUGAUGUAAUAUGCUUGCGGUAUUCUCCAUAUAUCAAUUCAGAUAUAUGGACAGGUUAGGAACGGCGAGUAUAAGUCGAGGUAUUCUAGUGUUUACCCUCUGGUGACUAUAUGUAUAUAUUUGAACAUGUCCACAGAAUAAAAUGGCCAAGCUGGAAUGACAACACUUACGGGCGGGACCCACUGCUACAAUGUCACGGUCGGAGCGGCCUAGAUGCCUGAAGGGUCAGGCCCCUGGUCAGAAUGGUUCAGGUACAUGAGGUGCCUGAGGGAUCAGGCUCAUCAGGAAGGGCCGACAGCUAGGGGUUAACUAAUUAACUUAGUUAACUUAGCUAAUCCGCUCACACAACCUAAGGAGGUUGGCUAAGGGGUGAGCUAAGAGGUUAACUAAGGAGAUUAAAAGACCUUAACUUAAUAUUAUCUUUUUAAUAGCUAGUUACUUAGGUCCCCUAAAGGUCCUAGAUAUCUUAUAAAGUAAGAAUUAG